UUGCAGUUAUACCUAGGUCAGUUAAAACUGUACUUUCGUCAUGAGUAACCACGAAGGUCCCAGUGGUUCGGAAUCACAAGGCGCGGAUAAGGGAGAAAAAAAUGCCCGAACUCCAUCACAACCCAUGCCUACUGGAUCCAGAAACAGCUACUAUGCUAGUGAACCAAUUCAAUUCAGGGUUCGUGGAUCUACCAUAACUGGUGCAUCACCACCAAAAUUUGUCACAUUAGAAGACAUUAUGAAAGCAGCUCAUGGCAUGCAAAACAUGGCACUAGCACAUGAAAUAGCAGUUGAUCAGGACUUCAAGUUGGAACCAUUUGAACCACCAGAUAACAGCUAUCAAAAACUAGUGAAGGAGACAAUGCACAAGGCAUAUUUCGACAUAUUGAGAGAGCAACUCAAUUCUGACCCACCUGAAUACAAACAGGCACUUGUGCUACUGGAAGAUGUUAAGCAGGGUCUCUUCUCCAUUCUUCUCCCGCGCCACACCAGAAUUAGAGAGAUGAUCGAAGAGGUGUUAGACACCGAAUUUAUACAGCAGCAAGCAGAGAACAACAGUCUAGACUUCCACAAGUAUGCGAAGUUCGUUAUUGACCUUAUGGCUAAAUUGGCUGCACCGGCGAGGGACGAGAUGAUACAGAACAUCACUACAAUGACUGAUACUGUGGACAUAUUCCGAUCCAUUCUUGAAACACUGGAGGUGCUAAAGUUAGAUCUGGCUAACACGCUAAUAGCCAUGAUCCGGCCGCAUGUGCAAAAAGAGAGUGUACAAUACGAGAGAGCGAAAUUCGACGAAAUGCUUAAAGUUUCUGAAGAUGGUCUUCAGCACACUCAAGAAUGGUUGAAGCGACACAUAGACAAGUCUGGUCUGGCCAUUCCUGUCACUGAUCAGAAUAUUAUCAGAAACGUAACAGCACAGACACUGGCAAAAGCCUAUUUAGAGUUGCUAGAAUGGGAUGGUUCAAAGGGUUAUCCAGAGACAGUGUCUCUAGACGCUCCAAGAUUCGCCGAAUUGGGCACACAGGUGUACAGGUUGGUGUGCGCAGCAUCCCUGAUGCUGGUGAGCCCGUCUUGCGCCGCAGACCAAACAACAACGGCACAACACAAACACACACUGAAGGAGAAAAUAUUCAUCAUCAUGGACAACGCUUCUAAUGAUGUAGAACUUCAAGCAGUCUUGCCAUCCAUUGCCGAAGAAGUGAUCCUUGUGACGGACCAACUCUUAGAGAAUCUCAGUCAAGAACCACUGACAUCUGACACUAAGGAACUCAUCAGGACACAAAUAAUCUCCCUGAAGGAUCCUGAGCAUAGAGUCCGACAAAUAGUCCGUCAACGCGUACUCGAGUUCCUCAAAAUGAUCCUAGUUUGCGCGGGCGGUUCCCGCCAAAUACCCGUCGGACUGUCUGCUUUUUCUCGCGAACUAACUACCGUCUCUGGCACCUUGCUGCGGUAUGUCAUGCACAAUAAGGCAGUGUUCACCAGCCACUACUUGGACAUCAUCGCCGAGGAGCUGAGUAAGAAUUAAGCUUUGUUUCCUGCUAAAUUUUUUCUUCUUUACCGUGUGGAAACUGGCAUCUAUUCUACGAAGUAUAUGAUUGUACUAAUUGCAUUAUUUAUGAUUAACUAAUUAAUUGUAUUGUUGAAAUCUUAGUUACUGUGUCUAUUCUUAUAUAUAUUUGUGUUGUAAGUAAUACUACUAUUUCUGACUACAAUAUAGACACUCUGCCGCUAUCUCGAUCUGAGGGAACACAAUGAAAUAUUUUCCAAAAUUUCGGGCACGAACGAAACAGAAAUUUGAUGUUAAAAUUACAUAAUACAUGCCGUUUAAAAUUAUUAAAAAUGUUAAAGUAUCAUUCCUCUGGACUAUCCUCCUAUCCUCUGGACCUCAUCCCAACCCCCCCCCCCCCUUCCUCUAUAAUCUGGUAAUUAUGAAUUGACUAGAUUACGCAUAUUUGCAUGUACUGUCAUCAUUUGAAACAAACGAUGUUUUUGUAUAGGGUCCGGGGUAUGGUUGUAAAAUAAAAAAAAAGUUAUUCAUCUUUCAUUGAAGUUAAAUAUUGAUUAUUCUAGGCAUUGUGUAAACUUAUUGGUCCUUGAUGAUCGAAAUAAAUGAUUUUAUUAUUAAUAUUAUUGAUUCCAGUAAUAACAUUACUUUUUUUCUUUUGAUUAAAAUUAGUAAUAACUAGAUAAACAGUUAAUGCUUCGUAGAAUAGACUCCUAAUUUUGACGAGUGAUAAGUUUUAAGAAAUAGUGAUGACAAUUUUACUACUACUGCUAGGUCAGGGGUCGGCAACCUGCGGCUCGCGAGCCACAUAUAUAUAAGUAAAUAUUAUUUAUUAUAUAAAAAAAAUAUUCUGAAUCGAUUAACAAGAAUAAGGCACCAAACUUUGCAUUUAUGCAAGUACUAUUUAUUGUUGGCCAGAAAAAAAAGUUGUGCCUCUUUAAAAACUUUGAAAUUUUGUAAAUUGUAAAACUCUUCCGACUCAAAAGGCUGCCAACUCCUGUGCUAGACCGUAUUUUGACCAUUAUGUGAAAUAUUGUAAGUGGUGAAUAGUAAAAAUUGAAAAAUAUUUUUCCUCGAUGGCAAAGGCAGUAACGUCAUAAAGUUAGAGAUCUAAAAAUUAGAAUUAUGUUUUAUACUUAAUAAUGAUGAAUAAAAUAACAAUCAAUUGAGAUUCAUUCACAAAUUUAUUAUACUUAAUUGUUUUAAAUGAAGUUAAUAAUAUAUCUAAUGUAAUAUAUUGUACUACGCAUUAUUCCUUCUACAAUUUUAACUACUUAACUAAUCAAAACCCAUUUAUAUGCAAAUAUUAUCGUAACCUUAUUAAAUCUUAAAUGUCAAAGUCGCAUAUUCACGUACAUUAGUUUUGAUGAAUUUUAAAUUUUAAUUAACCAAAUGUAUGUAUGUAUGUGUAUACAUAUCUCGGUUUUCUGAAAAACCAAUAUGUGUUAAGGACUCAUGUAUGUAAUUAUUUAAAGAAAUAAAAAUGUGUUUUAGAACAUAUUACAGCAAUUAAUUUUUACUAAAAAUUUUAUCUUCAUACCAGUCUGCCUAGACAAAAUACAUUUUUGUUAACGUAUACACGAGAAAGAACAAGAUGUCGUAUGCCGGCAUUUAGUUCUAUCUUAUGCAUGCAGUAGCGAUAUCGUUGCUAUCGACAAAUUUGUUAACGAUUUGUUUAAGUCAUUGAGUCCCAAGUUAUGAAAAUCUACUUUCAUAACUUGUCUCAUGCUACACCGGUUAUGGUGAUUUUAUCCUCACUUCACUGGUACUCGAUUAGCGUAUGCCAAUAACUCAGGCAGAAUUAUUAUUCCAGGCCCAAUGGCCUGGCCAGUACCAGAGAGAGACUUUGUACAAAAGUCGUUUGCUUAGAUACCUCUGUCCUAUUCGUGUUACAACCGUAAAGCAGUUGUUUGCAAGGUUGUGUUUCGGUUUGAAGGGUGGGAUAUGGCGUGAAUUUACACGGUACAGAGGUAUAACACCUGAGUCCUCAGGAAUGGCAACGCAUUAGGGAUAUCAUGGGCGAAACAGUAUACUCUGUUAUGUUCAUGGUACUGCUCAUGUCUAUAGGCGACGGUUACCACUUUCCAUCAGGUGGGCCGUCAGCUUGCUUGCCAUUCUAAGUUGUAUAAAAAAAUCCAUAUUCAUCUUUGAAAAAACUAAGUGGAUAUGCGAUAUGACAUUUUUAUUCGGUGUCGGUGUUUUCGAUGUUAUUGUAUUUUAACUAUUAAAAAAAAUUAAAAUAUUACUACCGCCUAGUCGAAAGAAUGGUGCUUUUCUCAAUCUCUGUGAAUUUUGAUGUCUGUAAAUUUACAUUGUAAACUACAAAUUUAAUUUGUAAACUAAUUAAUUAAUCUACAAAAUGAAUGCAGUUUUUUAUUGAAAUACAAAUGUAUUUUCUUAUGGCAAACUUUAAUGUGGUAUAUGUCAAGAGAUGGCGUUAGUAAGUUGGUAUAAUUAAUUGUAUGAAGAUCCUUAAUCAUUUUUAAAAUUUCUGUUUUUUUUUUAUAUAUAUUUAUAUAUUACUGAAAAACGGAAAUUUAAUGAACUCUAUUUGUCGAUUCCUAUGUUAUUAUAUUGUUCCCGUUAUCCAGUUAUAAAUUAUUUUUUCAUAUUUUCUACUUAUUGCAGUUUUAUUGUAUGCGAUACGGUCAGAAUUGAAAAUACGGAAUGUCAUAAGAAUUUAUAAAGAAAUAAAAAAUAAGACAGAAUAGAAUGGAUCGUUUAUAAUUAAUUUAAAAAAUAUUUAUGACAUUCACACUUCACAAUUUGUUUUUGAACAUUAUGUAUAGUAUUUUGAUUCCCUAUCAAUUUACUAGCGCCAACAUUGGAAUUAAUAACCGAUUUAAUAUAAACCAUAAAAUAACCUUUCAUACAUUUUGGAAAUUUUAAUAAGGUACAGAAUAUUAUAAAAAUAAUUAGAAUUAAAUAGGUAAUCCAGCAUUUUAUUAAUAACAUAAUUAUGAACAUAUUAAUUGAUUGUGCGAUAAAUUUAUGUGUAAUCGUAUUUAUUAUAGAAAAUUUAAUUAAAAUAAAUCAAAUUAAUCAAACCAUGAUCAAAAUAAUAUUUGAUAGAAUCGAAUCGGCUGUGGUAUACAGUAAUAGGACUAAUUAUAACAUUAUUGUACUGUAUUUUUGUAUAAUGUAAUGAAUUGGACAAUUUUUUUUUUAACUUUUUUUUUAAGACAUUCGUAAAUGAUCUACCAUUUUAAUUUUGGACGAAUAUUUCCCUUUUUAUAAACCGUUUAUACCGUGCCACCAUCAUCAUCGUCAUAUCCGGCGUUAGCUGUCCACUGCUGAACAUAGUCUUCCCCUUAUUAGGGGGGUUUUGCCAAUAGUUGCCACGCUUGGCAGGCCAAUUGGCAACUGCAGUUAGGCUUUGAUGAUGUUUCGAUUGAUCAUUAGAUUCCCUUAGUCGUUUCUUACGACACCCAUGGGAAAAAAGGUAUGUCGGGACGACACGGACUUAUAUGCAUUUAUAUAAUAUGCAUUGUAUUAUUAUAAAUAAGAAGUACUCCCCAGGUUUUUAUUAUCACCAAACAAAAAAAAUUAAAAUUUACCUUAAGAAUUAUAUCUCGUCGUAAGUGCAUUAAAAGAAUUAUAAAGAUAAAAAUUUGUUCAUGAAAUUAAUAUCCAUCGUCUACAGAGGUCAUUAAUUGGACGUCCAAUCAACAGUUAAAAAUUAUACUUCAUAAGAAUACCGGAUAUGUUGAACAAUUCGGUGAAGUAACGAAAACGUAUCUAACGAAUUAUCGAUGAAUUUUUUUGCCACUUGUUUAGGAGACUGGUAAUACAUUCCUUGUUGCUGCAUAACUGACGACCAUUUCGCUCUUGUGCAAAUGCAAUUUGAAUGAUUUUUACAGAUUUUUUUUAUUUUAAUACAAAUAAGCUAACAAUGCAAAGGGAAAAAUAAUUUCAAAUCGAAAUUAUUACCAUCCUUUUAAGAGCAUGUUCUUAGAGUAAAACUAAACAUGUUUUUUAAUAAGAUGAAUCGAAAUAUUACAUCAAGUUUUCCAUACAAAUUCGUUUGUGACGCGUUUCUUUGGAAAGAAUGUUCAAUUUCACUACUAGAACAUUCUAAAAAAAAUCGUUUUGAUUGGAGAAUUAUAAUAUUAAAAACGACCUUCUGUUCAAUACAAAUUUUUUGUCUGCUGUUUUAUUUAUUGUUUUUAUUUGUACAUCCAGUUUUAAUCUAGAUAUCAGCUUACAACGGAAAUGUACACAAGCGAACUUAUUCCCUGCAGGAAUGUUUUAUAGCGUAUUAAUUACUUUUAUGUCUAUAUUAGUAUAUAUAUGUAUAUAAUUAUACAGUAUAUUAACUUACACAACCCAUUCCUUAAAACUGGUGGUACUAUUCAUUAUUAGGAUCAAAAAUAUAUUUACAUUUACUACAAAAAAAAAUACAAAAAAUAUUGAAUAGAAGUAAUUCGAAAAAAAAACAAACAGUACGGAGUACAUACAUACCCUAUUAAAAAAAUUAUGUGGUGCCGUUAAUACAGACACAGGUAGUUCGUUUUUUUUUUUCAAGAUUUUUUUUAUAUUUAAAAAAAGUCCUUAAUUAUUUUUGAAGUUAAUGAAUUUUAAGAAAUGGGUUGUGUUAGUUGACUGUAUACUCCACCUCACAUCACAUUGUUUGUACCUUCAAGUACCUAUUGAUAUUUAUACAUAUCCAAUCAAAUGUCUGCAAUAAUAUUCUAAUAUAGUUUAUAAUUUAUACAAAUUAAAAAUAGAAAACCUAUAAAAUAUAAUUAUAAUAAUAAACCGAUGUAACUGAAAUUAAUUCUCGUUUUAUAAAUAAAAUUAUUGUUUUAGUUCCCAAUGUUUUAAUUGUAUGUAAUGAAAUGAAUGACGCACUAAUAAAAAUAUGUUGCUACAAAUA